AUGGCCGCAAAUCAACCGCAAUAUGUGGAAACCCCAGCCGGCCAUAAUGCCAGGAUUUCAGGCCUCCGUCCUCUUUGGCCAGCGCUCGGAGUACCAGAAGAGCCUAGGUUCGAUACCUUUAACUGCCAGUUCACAGUCAAUGGCCAGGUCUUAGUUCAGGCAUCGAUUUCGGUCAGUAUACCAAGACCUGACAUCAUCCGAAUAGACCACUUGAGCACUGCGCAAAAUUCUCCGCUCCACCAAAACGACUUGGUCGACCAGUUCUGUCGGCAACGCCAUUUGACCCUUGCACAAAUCCCAUACCUGCUUAUCACGAAUAUCGCCGAACCCACAACACAAGCAAGGUACGAUGAGGUCUAUAACGCGGCGUCACAAGGAGGAGGUCAACCAGUAAGGGUCAGCGCCACUGACCCCCGAUACGCCACCUUGCUGAAUACACCUAUCGGCAACACCAUACGCUUUGGAGUCCCACAGGGUGCCAACGGCCUGACGUUGAUGAGUCUUGGUGGUAGAAACAUGGCCUUUUGGGUAACUGCGGAAUAUACGGCUCCACCUGCACCUGCACCUCAUGUCUUUCCUCCAGCACCGAACCCAGGGCCAGCGCCAGCCGCACAGCGAUCCACCAGAACGUGUUGUAUUAUCCUGUGA